AUGAAAAAGAUCAUCUACAACUAUACUUUCAUCGUCAAGACUGCUCACGAGAAGGGAAUGCGAGAACAGGCCAAGAAGAUGGGAGUCAAGUCGUUGAGGAGUGAGGAAGCCCAAAAGACCUCUGCUGAGUGUCGUCUGUGCAAGGUUGCUCUGAUGACUGUCACCCUUUGGUUCAUGGCCUGGACCCCCUACUUCGUCAUCAACUGGGGAGGCAUGUUCAACAAGCCCAUGGUUACUCCUUUGUUCUCCAUCUGGGGCUCCGUCUUCGCCAAGGCCAACGCCGUCUACAACCCCAUCGUGUACGCCAUCAGUAUUGAUUUAUGUUUUGUUUUCCUACUGCAUCUUCCUAAAAAGUGUAUUGCAGGAAAAGUUUACAUUCCAUUGAAUUAUGUUUGGAUACUUAAGACCUUACCGUCAACUGUCAAUUUUGCGCAGUCAACUGUCCGGCGCUCAGACUCAGUGGAGGGAUCCGAGCUCAAUGUAGUCUUAACAAGAAAGAAGUUCUUUGGCUCUGUGAACUUGCACCAAGAUGUGUAA